GAAAUAUAACCCGGGGAGGGUAUUCUCUUUUAAUCUCUGUAUAUAUACAUCUCAGGAAUCGCCACUACGAACCGGAUCACUCCCGUGCGCACCUCCGCGGUAUACUGAGAGCACCUCCGCACAGCAUCAGAGAUACUACUAUCUAUAAUCAACGGAUCGACGACGCUUGACUCGUCCUCGCGAAGAGCAAAUAAAUCCACAAUGUCAGCCUCAGAGUCACAGCACGGUCUACCCAAGAACCUAUUCCCCCACCACACACCCGCAGCCGCCAGCUCAUCCACCGAGGAAAGCAAAGAUGCCAACGGAAUGACGAAACUGCCCAACGGGGUCAUCCUCGACAAAGAUGGGAAACCCUGCCGUCUCUGCACCUCCGCCGCAUCCUGGCGCAACCUAACCAAACAAGCCAAAGCCCAAACCGCGACCUCAACAGCAGCAGCAACGACAGCCCCAAAACCAGUCCCCGAGUCCACACCCCUGCCGCAAUCGCAAGACGACUGUCCCCCCGACGUCGAAGCCCUGGGCCGCUCAACAUGGACCUUCCUUCAUUCCCUGACGGCGUCGUACCCCGUGAAAGCGACGCAGGAACAACAGGGCGAGAUGCGGACGUUCCUGAAGAUCUUCUCGCGCUUGUAUCCGUGCUGGGUGUGUGCGGAUGAUUUCCGGACCUGGAUGGCGGAGCCGAGUGGGCGUAACGAGCCGCGCUUAGCUGGGAGGGCGGAUUUCGGGACGUGGAUGUGCGAGGCGCAUAAUGAGGUCAAUCGGAAGUUGGGGAAGAAGGAGUUUGAUUGUCGGUUUUGGGAGGAGAGGUGGAGGACGGGGUGGAAGGAUGGGAGGUGUGAUUGAUUGAUUGAUUAAUUAAUUGAUGGAUGGCUAUUAUAGAUUUAUUAGAGUAUAGAUGGGUUCGGGUUUGUACGAUAGCUUGCUGGCAUGAUUCUCUCUACUCUACUGCGAACUGCAGGUAUGGUGGGACGACUCUCUUCUCUCUGUGUAUGUAUACAUGAACCACUCUUCUU